UAGGCACGAAAAUAAACGACAACGAAAUCUGUCCCUUGUUUACUGACCCCCCUCUACCCAAUUCUCUCCGUACAUUUUACGUGUGAAACGAUUUAGCGUAGUUGACUCAGCGCCAAUUGUUAUUAAUUUAUAGAAUUUAACAGUUAGUGAAGUGAGUUACGCAACGAAAUAAACAUAAGAAGAAGCUCUGUCUCAGUCAGUGUCAAGUUCGUAAACUGCAAUAUCCUAUCGUAGUGCAAACAACAGAUAACCCAACUGUGUACAAACAAACAGUUCGGCAAGACAGCAGCAAAAUUAUCAAGACGUUUUAUUUCCCGUGCAUAAUGGUACUCUCAAUGGUUCGAUGGGUCGGUAAAGUGGCCAUUGUAACCGGUGCUAGUUCUGGAAUAGGAGCAGCAAUUGUGGAUGCUCUUGUCGAAAACGGUUUAAUUGUGGUUGGUAUAGCUCGCCGAACUGAGCUCAUCGAAAAACGCGCUAAGGAAUUAUCAGACAAAAUAGGAAAACUUUAUGCUUUCAAAGUUGACCUUACUCGCGAAGACGAAAUUUUGUCUGCUUUCAAAUGGGUUGAAGAUAAUUUAGGGCAUGUGCAUGUUCUUAUCAACAACGCCGGAUUUCUGUCAGAAGAAUUAUUGUCUGAAGGGAAUACUGACACUUGGAAACGAGGUUUCAAUAUAAAUGUAAUAGCGCCAUGUAUUGCUACAAGAGAAGCGGUUAAAAUAAUGAGAAAACAUGAUAUAAAGGGGCACAUAAUUCAUAUUAACAGUAUUGCAGGACAUAAAGUUUCGCCUCUGCCUAAAACCAAUGUGUAUCCGGCAACCAAACAUGCAAUCACUGCUCUGACUGAAACCUUAAGACAGGAAUUAAAUACUCUGGGUAGCAAAAUUAAAGUUACUAGUGUUAGUCCCGGUCUUGUAGUGAGCGAAAUGACGGUUCUACGUAAAGAUAUAAGUGAAGAACGAAAGAAGAUAUUCGAAGCUCGUCCAAUUUUGAAAAGUGAAGAUAUAGCAGAUGGGGUUGUUUAUGUUUUGUCCACCCCAGAACAUGUUCAGGUACAUGAACUGACCAUCAAGCCAGUGGGGGAACCUUACUAAUUGUAUGUUACAAAUAAAUAUAAAUGAAACCUAUACCUACUGUUAAUUAGGAGUAUAAUAAUAAAAGAUUUAUGUAAUUUAAAAA